AUGCCGAGUCUGCAAAUAGCCGUGCUCUCGAGAUUGGACGAAUCGACCAUCUCUCCAACUUCGGCCACAUAUCACGCUUCGAUCGACACGACAUGGUGCAUCGGCUCGGUGCCACAAGGCGGCUAUUCGCUCUCCAUCAUCCUGAACGCAGUGCUCGCGUUCAUGCGCACGCCUGAAGUCGUCUCGACGGACAUCAAACACGUCUCGCACAACGACCCGCUGCUGCUCUCUGCGACGUACAUCCAGGCGGUCUCGCAUACGCCCGUUGAGGUCCGCAUCCGCGUACUUAAACGUGGAAAGAGUCUGAGCAAUCUGCAGGCGGAGCUAUGGCAGGACGGGACGCUGCGUAUAACGACGCAGGUCUUGCUGACGGAUUUCGGCGUACAGAAGGCGAGCGCAGAGGCUACUCGCGUGAGCGACGCGGCCGAGGAUGCAGACGAUCCAAGCAAGAAUGGCUACACCUUGACGUCGAAGAGCCAGUGGGCGCCCGUCUUCCCGCUCUCACCACCCGACCGCUGCCCCGCUCCCCGCAGCCUCGGCCCCAAGGGUGCCACCGGCCAAUCCUUCAGCUUCGGCGACUUGCUCACCAUCGCCGAAGACCCGCACCACACCCAUUCUUCGCACACCACCAACAAGCUCUCGGCAGGCGCAUACUACUCCCUCGUCCCCCAACCCGCUCCCUCCCUCGAUCCAGACCUCGUCGCAACAGGACGCCUGAGCCAAGGCUCCAACGUAAUCCCCUUCCUCGCAGACAUGUUCACCUCCCCGCCCAUGAUGAUCCCCUCGAAACACCAGGCCCACUGGUACCCCACCCUCCACCUCACCAUCGAAUUCAAACGCGCACUCCCACCCAACCUCUGCCGAAGCGCAACCCUCUCGACAGGCACUUUCAUGAUCAACGGCCAGCACGAAGCCGAUUCCCAACACUGGUCCCACCCGGACGACAAGCACCUGUUCCCCGAACCCGUCAUCCUGGCCAUCGCCAGACAGACUGCGCUCGUACUGCCGUACGCGGUCAAUCGCAAUAAGACCAAGACGACGGCAAGUAAGCUGUAA